UGUUUCGCCCAUGAUACCUCCCAUGCGUUGCCAUUCCUGAGGACUCAGGUGUUAUUCCUCUGUACCCAGUAAAUUCACGCCAUAUCCCACCCUUCAAACCGAAACACAGCCAUGCAAAUACAACUGCUUCACGGUUGAAACACGAAUGGGACAGAGGUACCCAAGCAAUCGACUUUUGUACAAAGGCUCUCUCUGGUAAACAUUAAUUAUACGAAGUUAAAAAAGGUGCAAAUAAAUAAAAAAAAAACCUUUUGACAUUUGCCACUCAAUCAAAUUGUCAGUGUUAAUCCAAAUUUCAAAGAAGUCACGCACAGAACUAAAAAUGUUAUACAAAAUUAAUAGUAAAUUGUAAAAUGCGAUGCAGAUUAGCGAUCCUAUUGUUUAUCUGUGUACACCUGUGCGUCUGUCGGUCAGUCAAUUACUGUGGAUCUCAAAUGUGCGCUCAUACUAAUUCUCACACGUUUUGCCAGUAUCCUGUAGGUCCCAGUGCGAGAUGCACGGGGUACAUGGGUGCGCAGUUAUCCGCUGAAGAGAAGGCCCGGAUUAUAGCCCGACUCAACAGGAGACGCCACGAGGCGGCCCGGGGCCAGCUGCGGCGGAUGCCACCCGCUGGGAACAUGCUCAAAUUGCGUUGGGUUGAGGAGUUAGCACGCGAGGCCCAGCGCUGGGCUGACCAGUGCCGACCGCCGACUUCGCCCGAGGAACAGGAUGCAUGCAGAGAUCUUUAUUCCACUUCUGUGGGUCAGUGCGUGGCGUCUGUGGUGGGCGAAGCGCCCGGGCUUCGUGUCGAGUCUAUGAUAGAUAUGUGGUACAUGCAGAAUGUACUGUAUAAGGGCAAUGUCACAUCAUAUAUUGCUCCAACAGCCAAUUUUAGCUCCUAUAGUGAUUUUGCUCAAAUUGUAUGGGCACAUACGUAUAUGGUGGGAUGUGGACGAAGUAGAUUCAUGGUUCCAAGAAAUGGGCGGCUACGAAGUGUUGAGCGACUGGUAUGCAACUUCGCUCCUCGAGGGCCCACAGUUGGGCGUGCGGUCUGGAUGCCAGCAGUGCCCGCCUCUGCUUGUCCUCCGAGAUCCUUACCUGAUGUUAACAUACCAGGGCUUUGUAACUAUCAAUAUAAUUUAGAUGAAUCCAAUGAUAUAGAUAAUACAAUGACACUAGAGGAACAUGCGCUUUUGAAUACAGUACUUGAAAUAGAAGCUAAUAAAGUAUUUAACUAUCUGGGAAGCAUAGACGAGUUGUACCUUACAAAGAUAGCUAUAGCUACCAUGGAAAAUCCCUCAACAACUCUGUCAUAUUACAACUCAAUGCAUAAGAGAGACAUAAUGGAGAAAAUAAUAGAUAAUGAAAUAAUGAAUUUAAAUAAUAUCGUUCCGAAUAAUAUUUUACAUCAAAAAUUAAAUACAACAAGUACGGCAACAUUUGAAGAAACUGCAUCAAAAAAAUAUAAGACGAAAAUGAUAAAUUUAAUAGGACGACCUAAAUCUUACAAUAUCGAUGAAUUGAAUGAAGUUGAUAGUGUCGUAAUGUCUGCAAAUCGUCUUGACGUACCGGAUCGAAAUUUAUCUAAGAUUAAAAGCCAAUUUUAUGGAGAUUAUGAAUACGCAGGUAAACAAGAUAAUGCUUCGAUUAGAGAUGAAAUUACAAGUAACACCAUCAGUGAUAAUAUGGACAUUGAUUUAGAAGAAAUUGAAAGCAAUAAUAUUACGAACGCUAUCAGUAUAAUAAAUGAUACAUUAGAAGUUCCAAUCAACAAUGGCGUAAAAUAUAUUGCCGAUUAUAGUAAAAUACCAUUAGAAUCCGUAAAUGUGAAUAGAACCACAAGUAAGAACAGGACUUUACUAUCACAAUUACCAGAGAUAUUAAUGGUGAACGGCACAAACGUAUCACUGAAUCCACAAAAAGUUGAAGACUAUCUUUCUGAUUCUGAAACCGUACAAGAAUUACAAGAGGCGUUAGAUCGAAUGGAGCAAUCAAUGGAAAUGUCUACAGUUACCUCGAGCAAGGUUAGACGCGAGCUUAGAGAGCCGUCGUUCCAGACUGAUGUAACCAAUGAUCAAGCAAUUAGUAACACGUAUCCUCGUCCAAUUAAAAAAAGUUUUACAUCACCACCAGAAGAAAUGGAGAGAAAUAAAUCAGCAGUAGAGAAAGCACCAGUGUUAAACAUGCUAUUACGUUAUAUGCCUUAUAUGAAACCUUAUCAACAGAAUAUUUUAGGAAGUAUGACGUCUAGCGCUAAUGCACUAUAUUUAUCUCAGUUUGUUCUAAUUUUUUCUGUAUAUUUUUGUUAAUUUCUGAUAUUGUUAUUUCUUAUAUAUUUUGUAAGUUUUGUAUAAUUGUCAACUGUAAUUUAUUAUUAGUUUUUGAACAUAACAUUGUAAUUUUAUUAAAAACCUAUUUUGGUUUUAUAUGUAAUUUAACAAUCUAUCCUGCCUUAUCUCACUUUCUGGAAAGCUGCAAUUUGUCGAAAAAAUGAAAUGAUGUUUAUUGUAUUAGAUACAAUAAACAUUUAUUGCUUUAAUCAAUAGUAGUUCAAUGUUUAGGUCAUAGGGCUUUUAAAUGAAUAAGCCGCACAUCGAUUUAUGAGUAAGACUAUAAGCUCUAUAGAGGUCUUUGAAUAAUAAAUAAGUAUUGGAGAAAUUAGUGACCCGAUUCUAAUACAUAACUAGAUAAUUUAUGAAGUGCUUAAUGUAUAAUAUUAGUAAUAAAUAAAUGUAUUUAUUUUUUUACCUUGGUUAACAUGAUCACAAUAAUCGUAUACUGUCCAAGAGAGAAAUUAAGAGGAUACAAUAGUUUCCGGAGCUUCUAAGUUUGCUUC